AUGGUGGAAAAGGAGGAGAGGCCCAGAACCCUGCCCUCCACGGCGAAACGAUCGAGUAAGGAAUGUUCCUCGAAGCCUUGCUUCCAGAGUGGGAGGAAGAUCUCGAGGCAGGAGAUACUGCGUCGAAGAGCGAGCGUGGACGUGCCGGUGGCUGUUAUCUGCCGCGGGAGAGGAGAAGUCGAGGAGAAGGUAGAAAGUUCAGAGGUGAAAGGUGGCAACAAGCCCUCCUCCAGUUUCCCGCGAAAGAAUGUCCCGCGGCCGAGAAACGACGCGGCUGGGUGGGGGGGCAAGGAGGACGAGAGAGAGUCCAAAUCGGUGUGCGAUUUCCUGGCAGUGACGAGCAAGCUGCAGGACAUUACCCGCGGCCUUGUCCCGCGACCGUCGACCUUGCCCAAGAUAAUUCACGCGUCGAGAUCGGCCAGGAUCUCGGCCGAGGAUUGGGCCAGUCCCAGGCUGGCCAAGGAUGCUGUGAGAAGGGAGCCGCCCGUCUACGGAAGGAUACGAAGAAGGAAGAGUUCCUUGCCUUCGAACGCGGGCACUUUGAGGGGCUCGGCGAGGGAGAGGGCGGUGGACGUCGAGUUUCGUGCAUCGAGCAUCGCCACGAGGCAUCUUCGCGAUCCUGUGCCCGACACGCUCUACCGUUCACCCGCGUCGACCAGCCCUCGCGGAAAUGCGAUUUACGCCAAGGUGUGUCGAAAAACGUGGAAGGGGUUGCAGAGCCAGGGUGGCAAGGCUGAUUCGAAAGAUAGUGGUGAUAAUAGGGUCGAGGGUGAGGUAGACGGGGGUAGGACCAUGUCGCGGAGAAGGAUCAUCGAGAACACGAGGGAGAACAAGGGGGAUGACUCUGUCGAGAUUCAAGGGGAAUCUCGGUCGGAAAGUCAGUCUUGUCGGAGCAAGGACGACGCGGCGGAGGCUCGUGGAGGAAAGAGAGAAUCGAACGAGGCGGAGAUCUGUAAGGAUGCGGCCAGGAACGGAUCGAAGUUUCAAAGCGGGUUGACGGAACGAGAGAUCGGCGCGAGCAGAUUGGCGGCCACUCUUCCCAGUUGUGUGAAAAGUUCGAGAAAGUGUUUGGCCGAAGCCCAGCCGAGGAUCGAUGGAAAAUCGUCGACCGGUAUCCCGACGAAACGGAACAAAGAGAGGUCGAAUUACCUGAAAAAGAGCAGCCAUGUCAGGGCUUACAGCGAUGCCAAUAGCGGCAGAUCCAACUCGCCCGUGACUACGUCCUCGAUUUUUGGAUUUUGCACGGGGAAGAGGAAGGUUCAGUCGACCAACAGUGCUGCCAAAGUUGAAAGUGUCUCUAUAUGCCCAACCUGGAACGUGAAAACGGGUGAAUUGGUGUGGUUCGACCCGGGUGUCGGCCACGUGUUGCCGGGAGAGGUGUUGGAAUACCACAGGGCCGCCAAUGUUCUCUCCGUGCAGGCAGUGAUCGCCGGCAAGCCCCAGAUCUUCACCCUCACUAAUUUAAGCGGAGUAAAGCCAAGGCAGGAUCUUGGGCAAAAUGGAGUCGAAGACAUGAUCCAAUUAACUGACCUAAACGAAGCGUCUCUGUUAUGGAACCUGAAAAUAAGAUACGACAAGGAAUUGAUAUACACUUACACGGGAAGCAUCCUAGUUGCGGUGAACCCUUACAAAAUGUUCGACAUCUACGGAUUGGACCAAGUGAAACUCUACGAAGGACGAAUACUUGGCACACUGCCACCCCAUCUGUUCGCCGUGGGCUCGUCGGCGUACAGCCAAGUGACAGCCGCAAAUAACGCUAGCGCGAAUCAAGUGGUUGUUAUUUCCGGUGAAUCCGGUUCGGGAAAAACGGAAUCCACGAAACUCGUAAUGCAAUAUCUGGCGGCUGUUAACCGCGCGCCAAACAAUCUUGUCACCGAGCAAAUUCUCGAGGCCACGCCGUUGUUGGAAAGCUUUGGAAACGCGAAAACACCGAGGAACGACAACAGCAGCAGAUUCGGCAAAUAUUUGGAAGUAUAUUUCAGAGACGGAGUCAUCGUGGGGGGAAGGAUAACUCAAUAUCUCCUCGAAAAGAGUAGAAUAGUCACGCAAGCGCCAGAAGAGAGGAACUAUCACGUGUUCUACGAGCUGUUGGCCGGUCUCGAUCAACAGCUGAGGGACAAAUACGGAUUGCUCACGCCCGACAAAUACUUUUACCUCAACCAGGGUGGAAACUGCGAGAUCGACGGGAAGACCGAUACCCAAGACUUCAAAGCGCUGCUCUCGGCCAUGCAGGUGUUGGGAUUCACUUCGGAGGAACAGGACACGAUUUUCAAAAUUCUGGCCAGCGUUCUCCACCUUGGCAACGUGUACUUUCACAGGAAGCAGAUGAGGCAUGGCCAGGAAGGGGUGGAGGUCGGUUCGGAUGCGGAGAUCCGUUGGGCCGCUCAUCUCCUUCAGGUGAACUCGGACGGGAUCAUCAGAGCGCUCACGACCAAAACGACAGAAGCAAGAAACGAAAGAGUUUUCACUGCCUUGAACAUCGACCAGGCUUUGGACGCGAGAGACGCGUUCGCCAAGGCUUUGUACAGUUCAUUGUUCUCCUGGCUGGUCGCUCGUGUCAAUCACAUCGUCUACAAAGGGACGAAACAGACGGCCGCCAUCUCGAUACUCGAUAUAUUCGGGUUCGAGAAUUUCACGGAGAACAGCCUCGAGCAAUUGUGCAUCAAUUACGCGAAUGAGAAUCUCCAGUUCUAUUUCAACAAGCAUAUCUUCAAACUGGAGCAACAAGAAUACGCGAAGGAAAAAAUCGAUUGGACGACGAUUAAUUAUACGGAUAACCUACCGGUGAUACAUCUAAUCGCGAAGAAACCAGUCGGUAUCCUUCAUCUCCUCGACGACGAGAGCAAUUUUCCCAAAGCGACGGAUCUCUCCUUCUUAGAGAAAUGCCAUUACAAUCACGCGUUGAGCGAGUUAUACUCAAGACCGAGAAUGAAUUCCGCGGAAUUCGCGAUCAAGCACUACGCCGGCCAAGUUUGGUACAACGUGGAAGGUUUCUUGGACAAGAACAGGGACACGUUGAGACCGGACGUGGUGGAAUUAUUAAUAAGCAGCAAGAUAUCCAUGGUGAGCAAGAUGUUCCAACACGUAAGGACGGCCCACGAAGCCAACAAGACCAUGAACAAACCGAACGGCAGAUUCGUCACUAUGAAACCGAGAACGCCGACAGUGUCGGCUCGAUUUCACGACAGUUUGCAGCAACUUUUGGAUUCCAUGUCUCAAUGCAAUCCAUGGUUCGUGCGAUGCAUCAAGCCGAACACGGAGAAAGCGCCAAUGAAGUUCGACAUGCCUUGCGUCCUCGAGCAACUAAGGUACACAGGGAUGUUGGAGACGAUUCGCAUUCGAAAAACAGGUUACCCCGUCCGACUUCUUUUUGGACAUUUCGUGGACCGAUACAGGUAUCUCGUGUCCACGCACUUGCCUAGAGGCGCCCCCAAUAAGGAACUUUGUCGCAUCAUUUUGGACAAAGCUGCACCCAAGGAUGCGCAAGCCCAAUAUCAACUUGGCCUCACCAGAGUAUUCCUCAGGGAAUCUUUGGAGAGGACUUUGGAAUACAAUAGAGCUCUGAUUUUGGAAAGGGCCGCCAUAACUGUUCAAAGAUACACAAGAGGAUUCCUAGCCAGAAGAAGAUUCCUGAAUAUUUCACGGAGCACGGUGUUGAUUCAAGCUGUUUAUCGUGGUUAUCGCGAGAGGAAGAAGUUCAAGUCGUUGAAGAAAGGCGUACUUAUGGCGCAGAAGAUAUACAGGGGGAAAAAACAGCGUGAGAAGUUCAAAGUAUUGAAAGAGGAAAUGGCAAAGAGGGCGGAGAUCGAACGAGCGAGUAAAGAAAGAGCCAAGGCGAAGCAACAGAGAGAGGAGCAAGAAAGAACUUCCAGAGCCGUGGCUGGUGUUAAUCAUUUAGAAAUUCCCGCUGAACUUGCCUUCAUUUACAGCAAACUCGACGAUUGGCAGCCAACCCACACAGAGAGAAAUCUGUUAAAAGUUGUCGGUCAAGUGAUACCUAUGCACCACAAUUACACGUUGCCGAACGACAUCGAUCAGCACCAAUUCUCCAAAUUCACCAACAUUUACUUCAAAAGCCACAUCUUCGGUAUGAAACGGGAGCCCAUAAAGACACCGUUCCUCGCGAAGGCUCGUGAUCAAGAUUACACGGACUCGCUGAUGAUCUUCAAGAUGAUCCUCCGCUUCAUGAACGAGAACAACUUGAGCGGGAAAAGGGAGCAAGCAUUGGGCGAUUACAUAGUGAAUAAAGGGAUAGUGAACGAAAAAUUAAGGGACGAGAUCCUUUGCCAAUUGGCAAAUCAAACGUGGAAGAACGAGAACGACGCGAACAAGGAGAGAGGCUGGCUGUUGUUGUCCAAUUGUUUAUCAGCUUUUCAACCUAGUUCUACGUUGUUCAAGUAUCUUUUGAAAUACGUGUCCGACCACGCGUACGACGGUUACAAGGCUUAUUGCCAGAGGAAACUUUUACAAGGAGAAAGGACGAUAUUCAGAAUAACGAGCAACAAUCAGCAAAUCGUUCAUCACGUGCCCAGAAAUUAUCCCCCCUGCGUGUUGGAGUGGAGAGCGAACAGGAAUCGAGUCAACAUGGCUUUGAGCGUUGGAUUUUACGAUGGCGAAACGGUCACCUGUGCGGUGGAUUCUUGGACAACCUGCGAAGAAUUAGCCAACCUGGCUGUCAACAAUCACGGUGUGGACAAUUCUGGAUGGACCAUCACCCUGUGGAAUCAAUUGGACGGGCCAGACGCAAUCGUUACAGAGACGAACGGUUUCGAUUACGUGUUGGAUUUGAUUUCAGAGAUGGAACUAGCACCGGCGUUCCCCGCCGCCAAGCACAUGUUCUUGGAGCAACGGAAGAACAGUCCACCGAUCAAAAAGAGAGAGCACGCGCACAUAAUUCGUGAGCUGGAACAAGAAAUAGAACCACCGGUUCUGAAAACGUUCCAGCCCCUUGAGCGGAAACCAGUAUCCAAGGUUGUGGAUAAACCCGUCGAACCGGAAAUUCAAUCGCCGAGGAGACCUGCCGUCCCUCCGCCUCAACCACCUGUGACCAAGCCAUCGGUAAGGAAACAAUCUCACGAGGCAAUAUUGGAAAGCACAACAGAGACUGGCCUAUCUCGAAAAUCAGCUUUGAACGACAGAUACUUCGAGAAAGAGAAGCAACGUAGUCGCAGCUUGGACAACUUGUUGCAACCAGAAGUGGUGUCACCUCCGGUCAAACUGGCCAAUCUUGGAUUAUCUUCGUCCAAAUUGAACGAGCGUUAUCACAGUCUUGAAAGGAUUGGCGAAACAUCGGCUGUCAGCAACGUGGAGUACAUGACAAGGAAUGAAAUAACUCAGGAGAGAAAGUAUAGCAGGAUAACCAGGACCACGGAGCCAAACAUCGAAGAGGAAGAUCUGACCAUCGACUUUGAGUAUCCCGAUAUCCAAUCGGUUAGUCAAACCGGAAGGUCUGAAGAUGACAAGAGCAGUUACAUCAGAUCGCAGACUAGAUUCAUCAAAUCUCAAUAUCCCGGCAAACGAGCAUUGCCAGGCAGCCAAUCAAGCCGCGCCUACAUCGAGAAGAGCGAAUACGGCGUGAAAUCCUCGGCCAUGUCUGACACGAGCGAAGCUCCUUCCCUGGCCUCUCACGUGAGACGGGUCAGGGUGCCUAGUCAAGCUUCGGACGUGGAUCAGUUCCUGGACGAAUUGUUCAUGCCGGUUCUGGAUGGAAAUUUGGACGAGUUGUCGGACGCGAGAAGCCUCGCGGCCAGUAUCAAAGGUACGAAGGACGACAGGUGCCAGAGUGGUGCCAUAAUCGUCGAGAAGGGAUUCGAGGAUGGUGUGGAAACCGUGGAACAAUUCAUCGAAAGCGUGACGAAGGGGGGGAAAAGCGAGGAAGGAGGGAUCACAGCGAGAGAAUUGUCAAAGAGGAUCAAAGGUGGUGGGAACAUGGACAUACCUAAUCAGAACGCGACAUUUAACUUUGGUGCCAUUACGCCGGGGAUGAUGUCACCCCCCAUGAUGAUGCCAAUGUUCAGCACACCUCAACAAGUGCCUGCUGCUCAAAGCACGAGCAUGAACAUGGGUCCUGGCUUCAUGCCCAUACCGAUUUACAGUAUGCAAGGGUUGAGUCUCCCUCAGUACCCUAAUUCGCCCCCUAAUCAGAGCAACGACAUGAUGGCUUACCAGCAGAACUUGCAACGAGCCUUCCUUCAGAGUGCCAUGGCCCAGAAUAUACAGAUUCAGCAGCAAUUGCUGGCCCAGAAUCAGGCUCUUCAACAACUGCUCGUGCAGAGCCCGCAAAACUCGUCGCAACAACCGGGCACGGCGUUGUCCGCAGGCCCCUCCAGUAUGAAUCUUGUCCCCCCAGCCCCCCAAAACGGUGCCCAAAUGGGGCCCAAUGAUUCCAUUGGACGCUACUCCAAGGUAUCUCUAAUGAUAUUCAUCUAACGAAUAAAAUCUGUC